GACCAGUAUCCCGCCGGGGCCCGGAGAGAGGGGAGGUAUCGCCGUCGCUCCGGGCUGCCUGGCCACUGAGGGGUCACGCGUGUGCCUCUGACCGUUGCAGCUUCUCUGGUGCUGUACUGGUGCUGUCCUGAGUUCCGUGCUAAGUGGCCCACGCCGCCCCGGUGCUAGAGGGCCCCUGAUCGAAUUGUCGCGUUGCUGCCUUGCGUGUCUCAUAGCGGCGUGAUCCUCCGUCGCCCACGUGUCUCUCGCGUCACUCUGCCCUGGAAAUCUCGGCUAACAUAGUUCACGGUGCUGUGACCAGUGUGGUGUUUGUGUGCGUGUGUGAGUGGCACCGACGCCCGCCGCAGCUGUGACCUUGAGACCUGCUUGUGACGUAAGCUGCUGUGACGGACACGACACCUCGACUCCGUGCGUCACUCUACCGAUACCAGGAGGACGUGAGGGCGUGGCGGUGAUGGGCGGGGAGUCGAGGGCGUGAGGGCAACAUGACGACGAUGACAGACCCCCGUCGGACAUCUCGGAUGGGGCUCCUGGACCCCCCCGGAGGCGGUCCCCACUCCCUGGACGCCGCCCUACUACUUCGCAACUACCCGCCCACGCCCACGCCCGCACCCCAGCGUCACUCGGGCGGGUUUGAUAAUGUCGGGUUUGACCUUGAGAGUCUGAGCGACGCGCGGCCGGGAAGUCGCCGUCCGCUGGUCAGCGUGCACCUGCGCACGCUGCCACCAGAGGAACAUGUGUUGUCCUCACUCUCCAGGCAACCCAAGUCCCUGCCGCCCACUCCCGUGCUGCACGCCCACGCCCGCCGCAUCAGCCUGCAGCAGGAGGAUAAGGUGGUGCCAUGGGGGACGCACGUAGGCGGUGUGCGAGUGAUCCAGGUGCCCCACGAGGUGAAGCAGCGCCCCUGUGACGACCACAUCAACGAGGACGAGCCGUGCCCGCCGUCGCCUGCACCUGAGGAGGAGGGCGGUGAGAGAGAGAGAGAGCAGGAGGGAGAGCAGCGGAGCGGGGCCGUGAACUUGGAGUCUAACAGAGUUGGGGAUGGUGCCUCGCCCUGCGGCACGCCACAGAAAACGAAUUCCGCACAGAAAACGGAGCCUGGGUGGGAGAUGUGCGGCAGCGCGGCUGCUGGGGGAGACAGUGUGCGAGAAACCAUGGUGGAGGCAGGGGGAGCCACGCGGCCCUCCGCUGCCGGUAGUGUGUCCGUGGCGUCCCCGUCGAGGAUGCCAGCCAGUGCCCGAGUGUCGCGAGUGCCUCUGCUGAGCAAUGUCGCCGCCAGCAGCAGUGUGUCCAGUGUUGUGCUGUGCGGGACGCCCACCACCACGGCGGCGCCGACCGUCAGUGCACUAACCAAAGUGUCCAGUGUCAGGAUUGUACCCACACCCACGCCCACACCCACGCCCAGCAUCUGCAGCAGCAACACGCCCACACACCAUGCCAGAUCCGCCUGCCCUGCCCCCAGACCAGCUCCGAGGCCGCCCAGACCUGCUGGCCAGGAGCCACAGGGGGUUGCCAACCCCCAAGUGGCAGCCCCGACACUACCGCAGCAGCCCCCACAGGUUCAUGUUCCGCCGCAGCCCGCAGUGCUCCCGCCCCAAGGAUCUUUACUGCCUCCGCCACAGCAGCAGCUUCCGCCGCAGCAUCCCCAGGCAGGCCAACACCUGCAGCAACUGCACCAUCACAACCAGCAGCUGCAGGAGGCGCGGCGCGGGGAGCGAGAGCGUCGCAGAGAGCGUCGGCGGGAGCGUCGGGAACGCCGUGCCCAGCGUGCCGGAGGCCCGGGCGGACAGCCCUCGCAGACGGACGUCGGGGAGAGCAUCCAGCCGCCCGCUGCGGCCCACGACGCCCACCUGCCCGACCUGCUUCACUCCCACGUGCCUCCCCCCUACUCCACCCUGCCCAGUGGAGGACGCCCGCUGGGGGGACUUCUGGGGCCUCCACCGCCCCCGGGACCAGCUGGCCCGCCUCCCCCACCACCAAUGCCAUUGCACAUACCCCCUCCACCACCACCUGGCCCACCCCCUCCAGGGUUCCCUGCCCCAGCCCCCGUGCCCGGCUCGCCCCUCCGCCUGCCCCACGACAGCCCCUGGCCUUUCUUCGGCUCCAGAAGGUCCCGGGGGUCGCCGCGCGGGCCGCCCUACCUUGGGGAAGAGGAGGCCAAGUCGUGCUGCGGCCUGAUGGUGACGCAAGCGGUGAGCAUUCGCUGGUUCAUCAUCAUGAUUGCCUUCGUGGGCCUGUGCUGCACCGUGGUGGGCACCGUGCUGGGAGCCGUCAAGACAUACAACUCGGAAUACGUCACCAUUACCCUGCUCAUGAUUGGCGUGGGCAUUGUGCUGAUCACUGUGUCCGGCGUGGCGUGGCACCUCACCUCGCGGGACGCUCCCUGCCGCGUGAUGCUCGGCCUGGCUCCCCAUGACCCGGCGCGUGGUGAGCCUCGCCGCUUCAUGGCACGCAUGGCUCCCGCGUUCGGUCGCCCCCAUCACCCCUAUGCCGCCAUGAUGUACCCGGAGUUCCAGUACCGUCCGCCGCCACCAAGCUACCAGGCCUCCAUGCAGGAGUACCGCCUCCGCCUCCUGCUGCUAGACCGCCACCAGGCCUCCCAGGCACCCUCCCCACCGCCCACCUACCGCUCUGGCGCCCACAACCUACGAGGCCUGACAGUGAACACCCUUGGCCGGGAGAGCAACUAUAGCCAGCCACCAAGCUAUAGGUCCCGGGAAGGUUCUGUCUCCCACAAUCCUGACGCAGCAGUGCCAUCCUCCCACCCUGGCGGCUCCAUCAACCCUGCACACUCCCGGGACCCCUCCUGCUUGUCCUUCCUCUCCCAUGACUCUAUCUACUCUGGGGGCGCUCCUCCCUCCCAGGAUGGCUCGAUGCGCGCAGCACCAAUGGAGCAGGACAAGGUGGCCGUCAUGGAGGACUCUGCUCCACCACCGGCUAAGAAGGACGGACGGAAGGACGACAACACCGUCACCAUCGUGCAGACCACUGACUCCUCGCAGGUGAUUGGCUCAGAUGCUGUGGUGGUGACCGUCUCCGGCUCAAACUCCAACUAUGUGAGCACCCCGCCCCAGCCGCCCCCUGCCGCCGACGCGGAGAUUUCCGUCCUAGCGCAUCUUUGACCUCAAAUUUUGCCUGUUGAAUCUGAACUCUGAUUCUAGUGUACUGUUUUCACCCCAUGUAAGGUAUGUAAGUGUUACUAGUGUUUGUGAGCAGAUGAUGGGUAUAUAAAUAUAUAAAUAUAUACAGAAAUCUAUAUAUACAUGUAUGUAUUUUCAUAUGUCAUGCUAAAUAUUUAUAAAUGAAGGAUGAAGGCUUGAUACCUCAUAGCCUUAUUUUUGAAAAGUUGUUGAACAGAUGUAAUUAAAUUUGUAACUGUAGUCACUUCAUACUGAAAUGUCAUUUGUAGGCUCCAGAUAUUUGACAGAUUAGUACACAUCAAAACACCAUUCCCUGGAGAAUGCAUAUCCAAACAUGCUUACUGUAAAUUUUGUAGCCAACCCUCAGAUAAUUGACCAUCUCAUGAGGUACUAAGCAGCUGGCUGAAAGGAGGAAAUUUUCUCCUUUAAAUGUAUCUGUAUAAACUGAUCCCAUGGGACUGCUGAGCCUGUAUGUAUAUAGUUAGUGUACAGUGUAGCCUUCACCACACACUAGGGCUGGAGAAAGUACAUUUAUUUGUUUUCUUCCUGGAACCCCCUUACUUUUCUCUAGUAUCCUUCAUGGUGACUUUUUGAGGGGCAGUUGUUGUCAUUCUCCUCACACUGAGAACAAGUAGAUGAUGAGUAAGACAUCACUGAGUUGAAGCUAGUAAUAUGUAGUACCUGUCUGAGAUGUCUCACCUGAUCCUACUGGUUAGGAUUUGUGAGACACUGAGAAGCUGUCUUUGAUGUCCACUGUCUGCACAUGCAACCUUACUCUUAUGCCACUAAAUCAAAUAGUAAUCAGUAAGUCUUAUCAUGCUGCAGCCAGAGAAAGAUUAGGGAACAAAAUUUCUAAGGCAAUGAAUUAUGAGUGUCCAUUGUGCUAUCUGCACAUACUAUUGUUGUGGCAUUCAAUCACUCAGUCAAUGAAUCAGUCAGUCAGUCAGUCAGUCAGUCAUACAGUCUCAUGCUGCAGCCAAAGAGAGAUUAAGGACAGCUUUGUGGUACUGGAUGCCCUGUUCUCUGGUACUCUAGUUAAAAUGUUGGCCAGGUAAGGGCAUACCAGGGUGGGGAAUGUGAUGCAGUCUUCUGGUUCCCUUCAUCUGAGAGGAAUUAAGUGAACUGGUAGGUUAGGUCUGAUGGAGACUUUUUGUAGAGAUUGAUGGCAGAGGAAUUCAAUUCAUGGUUCUCAGUGGCUGGAAGUGGACUCAUCAAGUGUCUGUUCUCUGCAGCACACCAUACCCUCAGUGUGUCAUGCUCAGAGUCACCACACAGGAAUCCUUUCAUUUGUUGAUAAUUUUCCUGUUCUCCUCCUCCUCCUCCUUCUCCUCACUCACUCACAUAUGGCUCAUCAGGUCCUUAAAAGCCAUAAAUUACAUCGCUUUGCUCACACUUUCAUUCUCUGAGUCUGUCUUUCCACACUGGAUGAGUGUUCACAGUUGAUGAAUAAUAAGUCACUGUUCUGCUCCUCCAUCGGCUGAGUGCCCUGUAGCCUCCCAACUCACUCUUCAUGUGGAGGGAACCAACAGACUGUCCAGCAUCUGAUCAUUUUAAAAUUAAUGUGACAAGUUGUAUUUUUAAUUACAUCUGAAUACUGAAAACAUUAUCAUGCAUGUAAGAGAUGUACAUAAUUAGUAUUAAGCUUAUAUCUAUAAGUAUGUACCAUGAAAGUGACCAAAAAUAGUCAUUAUAGAUUAGAUUAUGUUGCCAGCGUUCUUCCUGUGAUGUGGGAGUGACAAGCAGGAUCAGGAACCCUUGUAUAUCUGUCACUGCUGAACACUUGUAGGGUGUUUGGCGUAGCAGCCACCGGCAUCCCAGGCUGAGGGUGCCUACUUGUCACUGCUGCCCUGAUGCUCUUGUGUCUUUUUGGGUGCUGUACUUCAUUGCCUCACUUCCCCAGAGGAAUUAUGUCAUGAUUAAGGAAAAUAUCAGUACUGCAUUUUUAGUGUUGCACUAAUACCCAGCACAUACCUGGGCACCUACAGUGUUCUGUGAACCAGUAUGUUGUUUUAUCAGAAUGAGCUGCCCACACCAGGCAGGAGCUCAUGCUGCUGGCUGGGACUAUGCAUGUGCAUGUGUUUAUGUGUGUUGUGGAGAGGCGCUGUGUGGCUCAGCUGAUUGCCACACUUGGAAUGAGAUGAAGCAGCAGGACAGAUCUCACUGCUGUUUUGUGAAGCCAGUCAGUGGCAUGGCAUGUUGAUUAUGUUGUUGAUGUGUUCAUUGAUAAUUCAUUAAGUCUCAUGCAUGGGUACAAACUUUUGAUGUACUGAAUAACUAGGCCAUAAAGAUAAUUUCUGAAAUUUGCCAUUCUAUAAUUUUUUGCAGUGUGACUGAAAGAUGAAAAAUAUGCCUUCUCACAAUUACUGUGAAAAUCUAACAAAACAAAACCUUCAGCUCUCUAAUUUCCUUUCUGUUCAUUCUUAGUCUAGCAUUUUUUUUUUUUUUUUUAUUUCAGUUUUGCAUAUCAGACAGAUUAUGCAUCCUCCCAUCUAAUUUAUGCCCAAUAAAAGGAGUAUUUAGGUGAAGAGACAACAAACAUAGGUGAUUAAUAUAAUAGAUUAACUUACAGUUUCCAACAAGUGCAUGACUACAUAAAUUUAACAUCCCUUCCCUCUAUAGCUCAGAGCGUAAAUAAAAGCAAAACAUAGAAGCAUACUCUCACCUCAUUUUAAGCAAUCACUCUGCUGAAAAUACACUUGAAUAUACUAUCAAAUGAGCCUUGUAGUCUUCAAAUAGAUAUUAAAGGCACCACCAGAGCCACUAAGACUGGUGGUAACACAAGUGCACUGCCAGGCUGGCCAACACACACUGCCUGAUCCCCUCACCUUAGGCAGGUAGAUGUGUCUUGGGCUGAGGAAACUUAGAACUAUGCAUGUAGUGAGCUCUGACUUGCAUAGACUUGUGGUGAAGAUGGACUGUAUUGUGAUAAGCUGACACUUUUAUCUGACUGAUUUGGAUGAGAUUACUGUUGCAAAUUUAUACUAGAGCAUUAUUUUAGUUUAUUAAUCAUGUAACAGUAGAUUUAUUCAAUUUGAUGUAGAUAUUAUAAUUAGACCAGGUUUUAUUGAUUUUUAUCCUUUUCCAUUAUCUUGCUACGAAUCAGAUUUUUUCAAUGCUGUAAUAAUGUGAAAGCUGAAUAAUUUUUUACAUUACAAAAAGAAAAAGUUAUUUCCAUUUUUAAAACAUAACUGCAGCCUAACCAGCUCAUAGGGCUACUAAAUAUGAUAUAAGUGUCAAUGCUUAGUUUUUCAUGCAUUACUAUGCUUUUAUUUUGUGGAAGUAGACUGACACAUUUCUUGAAGAAUAAUUUUUUCCAUCACAUACAAACCUCCCACUGUCACACACACACACACACACACACACACACACACACACACACACACACACCUAUUGUUAAGUCUGUCAGUUGUCUAUUCAGUCCUUGCUAUGGGGAGAGAACACAAUACUUCCCUCUUGAGCCAGGCAAACAUCAAGCUUAGUGUACCAAGUAUCAUUGCAGUCUAUUCAGUGCUUACCAGGGGUGUGAGAAUACGAGACUUAUGUUUCCUAAUAUAAAUGACUGAGAGGCCCUACUAUACUUGCUUAACCAUGAACAGUUAGUUCUCAGUUUUGAUUAUCCUUUUUCCUGUGCCUUGAGUCUCUCCUGAUGCUAAUACAAAGCCUCGACUUUGGAGAAUUCUUAAGUCAUCUUUUUUUUUGCCCUCACUGUUUUAAAUUCUUUCUCAUCCAAGAUUCUGUCUAAUUUUCCCCUUGGUUGGCACUUCAUCAUUUUCUGUUAAGCAUUUAAUAUCAGCUAACACUGUUUGUAUAUGCUUUAAUGCCUUCAACUCAAUAGACAAUCCCAGGCAUCAUAUUCAUUAAGUUAUCAUGCUGUCUUUUUUUGUCUUACAGAAAUUUGGAGUUGGUUGUUAAUGAAGGAGAUUAGAAAUGAAUAUGUACUACAUUUCACUACUGUUUCUUUUUUCCACUCAGCUCCCAAGCUAUAUUUUCUAAUCUUUGUAGAAAAAAAAACUUGAGAUUAGAAGUGCAAAUCACUUUGGUACCUAUUCAGUAUUCGUCUAAGAAAACUGGAAUAGAAAAGUAACAUUUUCUCAUUGGUCUUCAGUGUGUAUGAAUGGAAACUGAAGCAAGAACUUAACAUUGUGGUAAUAAAUUAAUAAAGGAAUAAAAAGCGACUUAAAUAACUUGCCCUUAGUCUGUAAUUAUGCUAAUGAUGAAAGAGACAAUCAGCCAAAAUCAUACGUGGGCUGAUUGAAAUUUACCUGUGGUUGUUUCACCGAAGCUCCCUUCUAUUGGAAGUCCUUAAUUGUCACCUCCAUCUCAUCACAGCCAUUAUCUCACUGACGCCUAUGAAGACUUACACACUUUCACCCGCUACUAUCACUUCAAUGUUUAUGUAUUUUCCAUCACAGAAAAAAAAAAAUCUUAUUUUCCAGGAUUGCUAUACUUUUUUUUGGGCAUAUGUAAUAAAGGUCUUGUAUAUAUUUUGUAUAACUAAAUAAACAAUAUUCCAAGAG